UUAAUAUAUUAAUAAAUAUAGUUAUUAAUUUUCAGAUUGGUGCAUGUGAGAUGCCAUGUUGGCACAGAUAUACAUCAAGAGAUUGAAAAAGCAUGUGUCUGCGUUUCACAAGUAGAAAACUUGAUCCUAUAAAUUUGUAAACAGCAUCUGCAAUUGUUUCCCAAUAACGCCCAGACCACGCACUGAAAUAGCAUCCGGGGUUUAUGAUGCAGAAUGUUGGUUAAUUAGCUACUAAGCUUGGGACCAUAUGGUUAAUUAGCUAAUAAGCUUGGGACCAUAUUUUAUCCCCAUAUGCAAUGUAAUAUGCUCGCUCAAACGGAAUCGAUGCUUGUGGUUGGUAAGCGUUCAUCCAAAACCUAUCCUUGGCGACGAUCUUAUCCCAUGGCUGUCCCUUUGACAGGAUGAGGCCAUGAAUGGAGCUUCCAUGCGUUUAAGGCCUCCCCUCUCCACCCAUCCCUUCUCUCCUCCUCUCCGUCUCCACCCCCCUCUCCUCUUCCUCCCUCCCACCCUCUUCCCCAAAUUUUCCAUCCCUGCCCGCUGCUAUGAGGCCUGCUCUCACUCCUCGCUCCCGUCCCCGCACCCAAGAACAAGCCUUGGUUGGAGCCCUUCGACGAAGAGGAGUGAGGCGAGAAGGCGCACCACCUAUUCCACGGUGAGAUCGAGCCGGAGGGAAUCGCCUUACGAGGUAUUGGGCGUGUCCCCGUCCGCAACACCUGACGCGAUCAAGAGGGCUUAUCGGAAGCUCGCCCUCAAAUAUCACCCCGAUGUCAACAAAGAGGCAAAUGCCCAAGAGAAAUUCAUGCGAAUUAAGCAUGCUUACAAUACCUUAUUGAAUUCAGAAUCAAAGUUCAAGUAUGGCGGUCACAGUUCAGAUUAUUCAAGAACAGCUGAAAGGAACAGUAGUACUCCAGAAGAAGAAUUUUAUGGCUUUGGCAAUUUUUUGAGAGAUGUUCAAAUAUCAAUAGCGGAAUUCUUUCAUGAUCUACAAGCAGAAUUCCAAAACUGGGAAGCAGGCAUAAAUUCAGAAGAGAAACCCAAGAGCCUGUGGGAGGAAUUGGCAGACAUUGGUGAGGAGUUUGUCGAGUUCUUAGAGAAGGAGCUCAACGUCAAUAAUUCAAAUUCUGAAGAGACUGGUGGUGAUGACUCGCUGAAGGAAAACUCAUAUACAAAGUCAGGGGAAGAGAAAAGGAAAGAUGGUAGCCGAAAUGAAGGCAGUAUCGAGAAUAGCAUUGAUGAAAUUGAAGCUGCUCUUGCUCAAUUGAAAAAGGAAUUGGGACUGUAGGGGCAUUCUCUCCAGUCACCUUUGAAGCAUCUUCGUGGUAAUGGUAUUCCAAGGGAAAGACUUUCUCACCUAUGAGUUUAGAGACGGUGCUGGGAGCCAAGCUGAUGCCUAAUCUUUUGCUCAAUUGUCCACUUCCGGAGGUGUUUUGAUUUUGCCAAAGCGUAACAUGUAGUGCACCUGUAUUUCUUAUAUUGAGAAUAUUCAUGUAAAUUCUUUUACAAGUUGUACCAUCCACUUUCAUUUCCAGAAUCCCAAUCCACCUAAGGUUGAUGUAACACGAAAUAUUAUUAUUAAAAUAAUUUCUUCAAUUGUACCAAAA